GGAAAUAUUUACAUAGAAAACACAGUAUAGUUUCGUUGGCUUCAUUUGGAUUCAAGCUCUGAGAUGGAAAUUGUUUUGGAUCCUUUCAGAACCCCUCUAAUUAAACGUCCCUACCGGUUACCACUAGGAGAUAGGUAGUGUGAGUAAAGCAGCAAGCGAUUGCCGAGCUCUUGUCUCAAGUAGCUGCGAUAUGGACGUUCUAAUUCCUGCUUUAUAUCUUAAGAGGGUUAUAAACGCUGUAGCAAUAAUUGCUCUCUGCGUCUUCACGCCUCUCAUAACCAUUCUCAAUGGAUUCGUUCGUGGAAGUCAGUCCCGUCCUUUUGUAGAUGUAGAUGGGGUGUAGUUCUGUAAGUUCAAUAUUGUGUUGGAAAUUUUUGUAUCCACGACUAUUUUCUUACAAUGGAGAACCAGGUUUUAAUCACUGUGUUCACAUUGAGCUUACUUACAUCUCCGAAUCAGGCUUCUGACGGAAGCUUUCCAAGCUUUAAAAUGAGCAAUGAGGAUUGUACCUACGAACUAAAUGUGAAAAACAACCUGAUUAAUGUCUCAUGUGGCCGGAACGUUACCGUUCGAAUACACGACAAAAAUGGUGUUAUUUCAAUGACAGGCCGAAAAUCCGACAAUCUGUGGUUUCAAAAUGGCGCUCGAACUGGCGGAGGGCUAUUUCGACCCAACAAAACAUCAUCAAGCUUUGGAGUAAAUAAUCGAGCAUCUUCUAAACUUAAAGAUUCGACAACAAUUCUUAAACGAAUGAAGAAGAAACUUGGAUUCAGACAGAGAGUCUUAAAUAAUAUUACAACAGAUUUGAAAAAUGGCGACGUCGAAGUACAAAACGACCUUUCUAGAUUGCGAGAUCUACAGGCUGGUAACGCUCUUGCUCUAGAAAACGUUGCUGCCACUUUGACAAACCAGUACAGAUUUCUUAGCAUGGCCAUGUUGGCUCAGAACGCCGAAAUGAAGGCGUUGAUUACAACAAUGAACUCAAUGAUCGUGGCGACACAAAAGUCUGUUCGAGGCAGCCUGGCUGUCAAUGAUCAACUACAGGAGGAAAUUGUUCUCUUAAACACGGCCCUUCAGAGGGCCAACAUCUCCAAACCGGACAAAAGAAAAGAUUUUUGUCCAAGACACCUUGCGGCCAUUAUUCCUGGAGGUGAGGAGUUGCCCGUCGGUAUCGCUCAGGGAACGUUUAUGAAAGAUCCUAUCCCCGGUGGACAGAUAUGGGUUACCUACGGAUAUAGUGACCUCAAUGAAAUAGCUGAGUUUGACUCUCAUCAGUCUUUCACUUUCGACACAGCAACGAAGAAGCACACGCUUCCGUUCUUCUGCGAAGGUACUGGUCACGUGGUUUUCAAAAACUGCCUGUACUGUCACAAGGUAAUGACGAAUAAAAUCGUCAAGUUUAAUUUAAUGGAGGGACGCUGGGUUGGCGAGCUACCUCUCCCCGGUGGAGCUGGGUCCCAUAACACGUACCCAUACGAGUCGGGCAUAUUCACGGAUGUCGAUUUCGCCGUUGAUGAACUGGGAUUAUGGGUAAUCUACGCGACAGAGACAUCUGGAGGUCAUAUUGUUAUUAGUAAACUUGAUGACCUAAAUUUCGUCAUCACCCAGUCCUGGACAACGGAUAUUACCAAGGUGGACGUAGGCAACGCAUUCAUGAUCUGUGGUGUCCUGUAUUGUGUGGAUUCGUACAAGAAAGUUCCCACGUUCAUCAAGUAUAUAUAUAACACAAACAAUGGUGGCAAGCGUGUUUUGGCGGAGGGCGUACUUCCAUUUAAAAAUUCCAUCAGUACUAACUAUGCCCAGAACUACAUGCUGGACUACAACCCAUUGGACGAGAAGCUGUAUGCGUGGAACCACGGCCGCAUCGAGAUAUACACGCUGACUCUGGAGGCCAACUAAAGAUACCAAAACCGUACGAACGGAACCACGGCCUGGUGACAAUUAUUAAUGUCAAUCUGACUCUAGAGUCAAACUAAAGAUACCAAAACCGUACGAACGGAACCACGGCCUUGUGACAAUUAUUAAUGUCAAUCUGACUCUAGAGUCAAACUAAAGAUACCAAAACCAUACGAACGGAACCACGGCCUGGUGACAAUUAUUAAUGUCAAUCUGACUCUGGAGGCCAACUAAAGAUACCAAAACCGUACGAACGGAACCACGGCCUUGUGACAAUUAUUAAUGUCAAUCUGACUCUAGAGUCAAACUAAAGAUACCAAAACCGUACGAACGGAACCACGGCCUGGUGACAAUUAUUAAUGUCAAUCUGACUCUAGAGUCAAACUAAAGAUACCAAAACCGUACGAACGGAACCACGGCCUUGUGACAAUUAUUAAUGUCAAUCUGACUCUAGAGUCAAACUAAAGAUACCAAAACCGUACGAACGGAACCACGGCCUUGUGGCAAUUAUUUAUAUCAAUCUGACACCAAUCUAAUUAAAAUUAGACUUGUAAUUCCGUUCCUCUACGAUACACUGCAAUACAAGAUAUAACAACACCCCGUAGGAGGUCAUCUCAGCAUGACCUUUGAGCUUUAAAUAUAAGCCAAUGAUAAUUGUUCAAUGACGUCAUCAGUCAACCAAUGACAGACAGCCUUAUACGAACCUUCGGUUGCGUCUCCUUAGUAUUGAAGACUCAAAUUAGCGCUUGAUUUGAAAUACGCAAAAUUUCACAAACUUUGGUAGACUACUCAAAUGGCUACGAUAAUAAAAAAAAAGUUGCUAAUUCUCUGGGCGUUACAUUGAAAGAAGAACAGAAAACGAUAAGGCUUAUAUAUUGUCUUAGUUGACAGGACGGACUGUGUUGCCAACUGGAUUUCGAAAACCGUUACCGUACACGUUAUUCCCUACGAAACUAGUUUUACACGACGCUGCUGUCUUCACUGUGUCUCUCUCUGUUUCGUAUGAUUAAUGAAAAAUCUCACAGGCAGCACCCGUUUGUAAAAAUAUAAAUCUGUUGAAGUGUUCUCGGUGAGGUGGAGUGGGUGAAGCCAUGUUGUUUACCGUUGCUAUCGACCAUCGGGAACAUUACGUAAGUAUUUAUACUUCCGAAGAAUGAAAUCACACCGAAAAUUUCGUAGGCGACGCGCUGAUUGGCUGAGCUCAAAGGUCAUGCUGAGAUGAACUCCUACGGGGCAUCGUUAGAUCUUGUAUUGCAGUGUAUCGUAGAGGAACGGAAAUUACAAGUCUAAUUUUAAUUAGAUUGAUCUGACACUAGAGUCAAACUAAAGAUACAACAUGACACGACAAGCGUAACAUCUCUCAAACAACGAGAGAAGGUGUGUUUUUUCCUUUAGAGUUAUGAACGUACGUCACUGAGAGAGAGAAAUACCUUUAUCAAAACAUAGAGCAUGGCGCAUACAUGUACAAUUUCAUCUGCCAACCUACCUUAACAGAACCGUGCCAAACAUAUAUAACUGAAGAUGUCCUAGGAUGUUUUACUAACAACAUUCAGAAGGAAGAAUCUGCUACAAAGCAUUAUCUCUACAUAUUAUCUAACGGUCCAACGGCACGUCGUAAUAAUGGAUACACCUCCCUCACAACACUUAGUCACUGGAUUACGGCACGUCGUAAUAAUGGAUACACCUCCCUCACAACACUUAAAGUCACUGGAUUAUGUUACAUCGUAUUAAUGGAUACACCUCCCUCACAACACUUAAAGUCACUGGAUUACGUUGCAUCGUAGUAAUGGAUACACCUCCCUCACAACACUUAACGCACUGGAUUAUGUUACAUCGUAUUAAUGGAUACACCUCCCUCACAACACUUAAAGUCACUGGAUUAUGUUACAUCGUAUUAAUGGAUACACCUCCCUCACAACACUUAAAGUCACUGGAUUACGUUGCAUCGUAGUAAUGGAUACACCUCCCUCACAACACUUAAAGUCACUGGAUUAUGUUACAUCGUAGUAAUGGAUACACCUCCCUCACAACACUUAAAGUCACUGGAUUACGUUGCAUCGUAGUAAUGGAUACACCUCCUUCACAACACUUAACCCACUGGAUUGCGUUACAUUGUAAUUAUAGAUACACCUCCCUCACAACACUUAAAGUCACCGGAUUAUGUUACAUCGUAGUAAUGGAUACACCUCCCUCACAACACUUAAAGUCACUGGAUUACGUUGCAUCGUAGUAAUGGAUACACCUCCUUCACAACACUUAACCCACUGGAUUGCGUUACAUUGUAAUUAUAGAUACACCUCCCUCACAACACUUAAAGUCACUGGAUUACGUUGCAUCGUAGUAAUGGAUACACCUCCCUCACAACACUUAACCCACUGGAUUGCGUUACAUUGUAAUUAUAGAUACACCUCCCUCACAACACUUAAAGUCACUGGAUUACGUUACAUCGAUACAACAUCUAUAUAAUUCAAUCCAGCCUAUCCAAUAUUUGUGAUUGUCCCCCUUGUAGCAAAUGCGUUUUUGAAACACCACUAUACGAUACAUAGCCACCAAGUUUAUUAAGACCAACAUUUCAUACCAAUACAUGCAUGAUACGUCCCAAAAUACAUAGCCAAAUAUUUUUGCUAUGUCAAAAGUUACUUCAUGAUUGUUAUAUAAAACAUUUGUGUUGUCGCACAAUGAAUAGCCAAUAUGUUUGUGUUGUCUCAUAAUGUAUAUAUAAUUAUUUAUCUACCUGGAUUCACGGUUGGGUGUCCCUAUCAACACUAUACAAAUAACGUAUGAGAUACUGCACAUAAAAUCGUGUCGAACAUUGAUUACCUUGGGUAAUUGACUAGGAAAUAUGUAAAGUCUAAUAAUCAAAUCAAAUUCGGAAUUAAACUUUCGAGUCGAUAUGACUAGAUGUUUAGUUUGUUGUUCAAUAUUACAAUGCUAUACUAGCAUUGUUGGAAUUAAAUGCCCAGUGCAAUACGUGUAAAUACUAUGCUCGGGUAUGUAAUUUCGUUCAUUGUUUUGCUUUAUACAAAGGAAGCGUUUUAGUUUAGUAAAUCAUGUUACGUGACAUUUAUGGACAAGGUCACAGAACGUGUAACAGACCAUACGGUUACCAUCCAAACCCAGAAUUGACCUUGACCAAACCACGUGUGGUUUUGGCAGUGGAGGACAAAGCUUUGUAAAUAUGUACGAUAAAUCACUGUCCAUUUGAUUUCAAACAUUAAUCCGUUUUUUCUAUACACAAUGUAUUUUCAUUCAAGUGCAAUGAGUUUUGUGAAAUAAAAAUAACUGAGUUAUAA